GCAGACAUGCACAGCGUUUCUUGGACUUUGAACACACCCACACACACAUUUAUAUAAACCUGCUGAGUUCUUUGCUUUCAGCUUCACACAGACUCAGAAGAUGGAGUUUGCCUGCAGUCAUGUGGUGUGUAACUGGAGGCCUGAUGGACCAGGUAUUCCUCUCAUCAAGCACCAGCAGGACGACACAGUGUCUGUGAAGCAGCAGGAAGUUCCUCCACCACUGCCUCCUCGCCGUCUCCCCAGAAAACCUCGACCUUCCUCCCUGCCUCCUCUUCCUCCUCCUCCCUCUCGGCAACCCCUCGCUGCUCUCUCCCUCCCCCCUCCCGUCCCACCCAGAGCUGACAAGGAAGCAGAGAGCCAGCUGAGAGCCAACGUCAACGUGGUUUCGCUCAGCGUGGGACGACUGGUCGACGUCAGCCGAGCUUCAGGCCAGGAGACUUUUCAGAGCCCAGUGGUUUGUCGGAAAUGUAGUUCUGUUUUGUCCUGCCUGAGUUCUCUGCAGAAAAAUGUGUGGGUGUGUGAGUUCUGCGGCUGUCAGAGCGCAGUGAGCGACAGCGUGCACAGGGUGUGUGUGGGUCGGCGUGCGGGCGUGCACAGCGACGACAUCUACCUGCAGAGCCAGAGCGACGACGACUACCAGAACCUGGAGGACACGCUGGUGGUGUUCUGCGUGGACAUCUCCGGCAGCAUGAGCGUCACUGCUGAGAUAACAUCUGGCAGUGGAUCUCCAACAUACAUAUCCAGAUUACAGAGUAUGCAGGAUGCCCUACAGGCGGCGCUGUCCUCCAUCCUGCAGGAGUCUCCCCGCAGGAGAGUGGCUCUGGUCACAUUCAACGAUCAGGUGGUGAUAUAUGGAGAUGGCACCAGUACUCCUCUGACUCUCAGGGACUGGGCGCUGGUGGACUACGACCAUAUAUGGCAGCAGGGCGUGGCUUACAGCAUCCCGCACUGCAUCGCUGAGACGUACCAGCAGCUGGUGCAGAGGGUCAAAGACCUCAGGGAACAUGGAGCCACGAGUCUCGGCCCGGCAGCGUUAGCCUCGGUGGCAAUGGCAUCAAGAUAUCCAGGGUCAAAGGUGAUUCUGUGUACCGACGGCAGAGCCAACAUCGGGCUGGGUGAGAUGGAGCACACUCUCUCCCUCUCAUCCCUCACCCCUUAUUUCUACAAACAACUGGCUCAGCAGGCGGUGGGGAGCGGAGUCAUAAUUUCAGUGAUGACGUUUGAAGGGACAGAUUGUUGCUUGGCAGACGUUGGGAGGUUUGCAGACACAACUGGAGGAAGGGUGAACAUCGUGAGCAUCGGCACCGUGGCAACAGAGAUACAGUCGGCCUGCAGCGACAACAUCCUAGCAACGGGAGUCACGGCAACCCUUAUUGCUCCUGAUGGAGCGUAUUUUCCCUUUGAGGAGGAACACAACCACACCCUGGUGAGACAGAUAGGGAAUGUGACCAAAGGGCUGGAGAUCACCUUCCAGUUCGCUGUCAAACCUGAGUUCAUGGAAGCUUUCCUUCAGAAGGACACACUUCCCUUCCAACUCCAGCUGAGCUUCAAGACCAGAGACCAGGAGAAGGUGACUCGAGUGAUCACUGAACAGAGACCAGUCGCUUCCUGCAGCGGGAUUUGUGCCGGCAGCCUGAACAUGGCGGUGCUCGGCGUUCACUCGGCUCAGCUCUGCGCCAGAUUAACCAUGGAGGGGCGAGUGCAGGAAGCCCAGAGGCAACUGAAGGCUCAGCAAGACCUGCUCAUGCUCAUCAGUAACCACAGGCUGAUCCGAAAAGAAGAGAGUAUCUACGGCAACUGGAUGGACACCAUGACGACAAUCUGUGACGACAUCAACCCCGAAUCACAGACUCUCUCUGAUGAAGCAGCUAAGGUAAUGUACCAGAUGAAGAGAGCCAGCAGCGUCAGCAACAACAACAACAACAGCAGGAAAACAAAAGAGAGGAAGAAGAAGACCCUAAUGGAGGGGAUGUAAAUACAUUCGGUAUCCGUAAAUAUGGAGACUGGAUUUCAUUGUUGGCCAUAUUGGCUCCAAAGACUGUAUAUAUUACAUUUUGAAGCCUCAAGUUUGGCAAUUUGGUCGUUACGAUCUUGUUUGUUUUGGAAACAGAAGUGACGCGAGACACUGGAAAAAAGCACAACUGAACGCUAAGUUUCAUGAACUGAAAACAGGAAAAACUAGCUUCCUGUCACAAAGUGGCCCUGGUCCUCUAUUUGUCUCUAAAUGUGACCCUCGUUUACAAAAUGUUGAGACCAAAAACUCACAAGAAAAAUGUUCACAGAGGUAAUAACUCAAGUAAGAAGUCGGGUAAUGUUCUCAUAGACUUCUAUAAAUUCAGACUCCCGUGCCGUCGCCCCCUGCUGGCCAUUUUAAAUAAUGCAGCUGUAUUGUUAUUCUGCGUCGGCUUCACAUUUAAGACCCCUAGGUGAAGGAAAAUGAUUUUCAGUGACCUUUAUUUAUUCUGAAAUGUUUAUGCACAUUUGGUAGAAUAAAAAAAGUGUUUACCUUUUAAUAAAAACCGUUUGUCUAUUUAUUUAUUUGUUUGUUAGACAAACACACUUGACUUCGAGACACUUGCAAAGGAUGAUUUUCGGUAACAGAAGGUCAUCUAAUCUUCACCAAAUGUUUGGAUUUAACCACCAAAAAAUAUAUUAAAACAAACGUUCAAGAUGCAGAGAGCCGUUGGUUAGCAUAGCUUAGCAUGGAGACUGGUAACGCAUGAAAACAAGUAGUCUGGGUUUGUCUGAAGGUCACAGAAUGAACCUACUAGAUGGCUCCUUAACUGCUGGAUGUGUGUAACACUUGCUAAAUAAAUUCCAUAUUAACUUUAAGGUCAAAACAAACCAUAAUAGAGUAAAAAACAACAAAUAAAAGCACACAGCUGUUACAGGACUUCAGAAGUACCAUCCCUUGUGCUACUCGAGUACCUUUUCAUGAUAUGGCGUCAUGAUGGCGUUUCUGAGAAAAAAACGGAGUCAAAUACUUGUGAAUGUUUUCCAGUCUAAUGUCUUAGAGUAAGUGGAAGACAUCGCUCUGAGAAACAACAGUGUGAGGAAUGUACCGGAGGAGAAGCACUGCUUGUUCCGCUGAUCAGAAGAUAGAGGGACGUUUUCUUGUUGUUAAUGCUGCUGUACAUUUAUUUUCCCCUUCAAUUAAAGAGGGAAUAAUUACAGGAUUUUCUCACCUGAGUUCAGUUUAGCUGCUUAAGAACUUUGAUGAAUGAAAAUAUCUUUGAACGAAUGACUUAAUUGAUGAAUACAGUUGUUUACACAGUUCUUAAUAACGUCAUGAUUACACGUUAGGUACACGUCCAUUAACCAAUCAAAAAAGACAGCUGGUUUAUUUUUAGAUUGAUCUUAAUGUAAAGCUUGAAUAAUUAAGAGAAAAUGAUACCGUCUCGCCGUGUCAUUUUGUGUCACCUGAAAAGCUCUUUGCAGAUAGCGGAGGUGUUUUGUAACAAAGCCCAGCAUCCUGUUUGGGUACACAUUGUCUGAGAAUCGGCUUAUCUCUCACUAAAAGUAGAGCAUCAUUUGCUGGGAGGAAUGUGCGACUGUCAAAGCACACGUACACCUGCAGAAAGCCUCUAACAAAUGCUCAAAAAAUACACUUAAAGGACCGGGUGUGUGGCAAGGAAAGAGUUAAAGACAGAGUGAACCACUCCCAGCUCAUUAGGAUGACUGGGCAUUGUGAUAAUAACUGGAAUUAAUUUCAGGGUGGAGCAGAGAGAAGACGUUGUUCCUUUUUCUCGGAAGUUAUAAAGACGAUGAGUGUUUAGAGGAGCAGAUUUGGGACAAUGGGUUUCUCCGUCCAGGAUGUUAUUAGCCUAGCAACAAAACAAAUACACAAUGGGGAGCAGAAUUCUGGAAUCUGUUGAACAACCGAUUAAAACACUCAUUUAUAUCGAGGUAGUCAUUAGUCAUUCGAGCGGAGAAAUGAACCAGAACAAAGAGCUAAAAGAGGCUAAAAACCUCCGUAGUGCUGAAAGUUAGGUGAUUCCUUUCCUUUACACAUUUU